AUGCAAAACUGGUAAAUGUGCCAAUACAUAUUGUAUUGGGAUGAAAAACGAAAACUUUGCUAUGAUAAAAAUUGCUCAGACUAUUCUAAUUAAUAUGAUUGUAACCAAAUAUCAUUUUGUAGUUGGUUAAAAUACAAAUGCAUAGAUAAUGGCAAUCAAAAGCUUAGUUAUAGUGAUGAAGAGCAAGAUUAAUAAUAAUGA